CGUUCCCUGCGCGACCCCGCGAUAGUGUUUUGCGAAGACCACGAGUUUUCCCAUCGAUACCGUUAUUAGUGUUUUAUAAUCAUAUAUUAUCGCGAAUUCAUCUUGCUACGUAGUUCAAGGCGCUGGUUGUCUGUUUAAUACGUAAUAAACGCGCGUCGCUACGUCUCUCUGACAAACAUAGUUUUAAGAUCUAGUUUAAUUUUUCUUUGUUAUUUUUUUUAAAUAUAAUUAAAUCAUUAAUAAUUAUUUUUAUUACCGUUUUAAAUAUUUUUUUUAUUGUAUAUAUAAGAGUAAGGUUAGGUUUUUUUGUAAGCGCCAUUUUGUUGUGCCGCGUCACUCGCCUCGCCGCGCUUUCGUCAUGGUGAGCAAGGAGGUUAUAAGCGAAGUGACCAAGAAGGGUCGAAGAAGGAGACGUAGGGCCGGUAGCCGUGCAUCGAAACGUCGUGCGAGGAAAUUGGCCGCGAUGGCGGUGACGCCGGCAGAGAAAGCGUCACCAGUCAAAUGUGCCGUGCACGCAUUUCUACUGAGAUAUCAAAGCGCGUUGAGAAAGGUUCCGAUGCAACUACCGCCGAAGGUUCAUGCCGGUCCCCCGUCGAAGAGGGUGAAACGCGUUUCGUGGCGUCAUGAAGAUAGCGGGGCAUCGGGGGGCGGCGGCGACCCCGCGGUGCUGGCGGUCGGGCCCGCGCGUCGCCUGCUUACUUACACGCGAGAUGAGCUCAUGCGCCUGCGCAACUCGCCUCUCGUCAGGCGUGGGCUCGAAAACGCGUUCGCGGGCAACGAGACACUUGCUCUCGUUCUAAAGAGACGUUCCGAUUCGCCAAAUGAGGAAGAUAAGGGAGGGAGAGGAGAUGCACCGACGGAAAACCAUAAAGGCGCGUACGGGCGCGACCGCGAGCGGCGCUCGGCCGACCCGCGCGAGCGCGUGCGCAAGGAGAGCGAGCCGAGCAGCGGCAUCGUGCUGUCGCCGCAGCGCCGCUCCUUCACGUCGGGCUGCGGCGCGCCCGCCGCCGCCGCGCCGCCGCCGCACGUCGCGCGCACGCGCCCCGACUCGCCGCUCGGCGCCGCCGCGCAGCCGCUGCCCGCCAAGACGGAGCAAGCGGGGCGGCGCAUCGGCUCGGGGCGCAUCAUGGUGCGCGACGUGGGCGGCGCGGCGUGGGACGAGGCCGAGCCGCGCGCCGAGCCCUACCGCCCGCCGCCCGAGCGCCGCGCCAACGGCGACCAGCGGUAUGAUCGACGCUCGUUCAACCGAGACUCCUACUCCUCUGACAUCAAGAGGGAAAGGGACGACCGAUUCAACAACGAAAAACAACGAGAUAGAGAGGACAAUCGUAGAGGUCGCUUCUCUCAACGACGGUUUGAGAAGGAAGAUGAACCAGAAUGGUUUAGUGGAGGACCGACGUCUCAGCUGGAAACGAUAGAGUUGCGGGGUUUCGACGAACCCAUUAAGAAGAACGGACCGACCAGCAAGGAGAAUGAGAAGUGGUCGAGCGGUUCACGUGCGGAGCCCGCUACGCCGCCUCUCGAAGCGCCGCAAACGCUUAACAACAGCAAUGACAAAGACUCCGGUGUGGAAACCAAGAGUGAGGACCAGACGCAGCCCGAUCAGCCUGAAUUCAACCUCGAUGAGUUUCUCAAGUUCGAUUCUAUACCGGAAGUACUUACCAACGGCGGCAGCGAGACGGAGGGCAGUCGGUUCAGCCGCUGGUUCCGCCGCGACAGUCCGCCCGCGCUCGCCUCCGACCGCCACUACGAGCGACUCAUGCACAACAUGGUGGACGAUCUCGACAAUUCAACCCACGAGCAGCACCCCGUGCCGGAGCCUCAGCCCGUGUACCCCCCGGUGGGCGCCCGCAACCCCCCCAACGCACCCGCGCCCUCGCUGCUCGAUAUGCUGAGGCGGGCCAGUGCGGAUACUGAACAAAGACCCGACUUGAACUCAGGGGGCGGUAAGAUCCACAGCCUGGAGGAGCUGGAGGCGCGCCUGCGACCGCAGCCCGUCGCGGCGCACGACCACGACCUGUCCGCCUUCAAGCGACUUUUGGCGCAGGUGUCGGGCGGGCACGCCGUGACGGCCGAGCCGCCGCGCGCGCCGCCGCCGCCGCAGCCGCAGCCCAUGAGCCUGCUGCAGAUGCUAAGCAAGAGCAUGGAGCAACAACAACAACAACAGCACCAACACCAGCAGCAACAACAUCAACAGCAACAGCAACAGCAGCAGCAUCAGCAGCAGCAUCAGCAGCAACAACAGCAACAGCAACAGAAAGCGCCGCACAUUCCGCAGGAGCUCCUAUACAAGCUCCUGCAGGUGCAGCAGCGUCAGCAGCAGACGGGCGAAUGGGCGCCGACUGCGGACCGAGAGCUGCUGCAGCGACCAGAGGCACAGGCUAUCAUACACGGUCUGAAAGCUGGUGAGAUAACGGUGCAGCACCUAAUGCAGCAACUUGGCAACCCCGGCCUCCAGAGCCGCCAUCGCGAGCUGCUGCUUACCAUCCUGCGCACGCAUCAACAACGACAGCAAAUGGGCGGGUCCCCAUUGCCGCCGCACCUUGUGGUGCCUCCACCGCACCACCAGCCGUUGCGACUGUCGCCUCUGCCACACUCGGCUUUUUGCGUGUCUCCCAUCAUGGCGAGUCCCAACACGCUCGCCGUACACAACGUGCCAGGAGGAGGGGAGGAAAGAUAUAACUCAGGCGUACCCGCACGGAUACCGUCACCGCGUGAGUUAGCCGCGCAUACACAGUCCAUAAUGCAGGGUGCGCUCAUAAAGAAGAAGCUAGAAGAGCAGAGGGAGAACUACCGCAGGCGGCACGAGAUGCAGCAGCAGCAGCCGAAACAACCAACACCUAUCUCUUUCACUCCGACUUCUGUGCUGCGCAAGAUGACGGCGGAGAAGGAGGAGGCGGGCAGCCCCAAGGCGUGGGCGGCGGGCGCGGCCGGCGCGCACGCGCAGGCGCUCGCCAAGCCGCACGGCCGGCCCAUCGUCAAGGGUAACCAGAGCGGUACGGCGCCUAUGGGCUAUGCGCCCGCGCAGCCAGACUACCAACAACAUUAUCUCAAUUUACAACAACAACAGAUGACGAAUGCAAACCGAGCGUUCCCUCACCAGCAGCAACAGAGACAACAGUUACCGAAUUCCUUGAACGGUAUGGGUGGCGUGUCGCGCGGUGGCACCACUCUGCACCAGCUGCUCGUACAGUCCCACCAGAGGACGCUCAACGAGAUGAGCGGCAGCGGAGACAACCAGCUGGCGCGCUGGUUCUCCCCCGAGCUGCUGGCGCGCGCGUCGGCCGGCAAGCUGCCGUCCGUGCACGUGCCCAACGCGCUGUCGCUGGAGGACCUCGAGCGGCACCACCACUCGCCCGCGCCGCCCGUGCGCAACUGAGCGCCCCCCACCCCCGUCGAGACAGGCCGGCCCUAGGGCGAAUUUUGUAGAUAUUCGAAAAUUUUUUUUUUUUUGGUCAAUAUAUAAUACUUCCCGAACGGCGCCGAUCAUACCCUGACGUGUCGGUGUAAAUUGAAAAGUGUAGACGAGAGACGUUGUUUCGUUCACGAUCAUUAUAAGUUUAUAGCGGUUUGUUAUAUUGUUUCAAAAGCAUGCGGUCUUGAACCGACACUCGUCGAGGAUUUACUGAGGAAGUGACGAAAUCGAUGGUUAUAUAACAUUGUAUAAACGUAAUUUAAAUACAAGAGACAAAGAUAUCACUAUAAAAUCCUGCGUUACUUCUUCCUUUUAAAACUAAUGUGUAACUAGGAAGUAACAUUACAUUUUGUCCUACGAAAAACCAUACUAUAAUUAAAUGUCUAUAUGAAUAUCACUUACUUAAACAACUCGUGAUUCGCAAAGUGAUAAAUUUAAAUAAAUUAAUAGGUUUUUAUUUAUAUGAUGCGUCUAAUAAAGUUUUCUCUCAAUAUGUUAAGUCAUUGUUGAAUUUUAAAAACGAGCUGAAAUGACAUGAAAAGGCUUUUUGAUGUACGAAUCUCUGUUAAAAAAAAACAUGUCGUCCUGUAGUGAAGACCUUGUGAAGCACAAAUUAAUUGUUAAAUUAUUUAUUUAUUUGUUUUGUAAAAUAUAUAGUAUCAUGUAUGUAUUCAACACGAAAUGUCCAUUUCAUCAGGUUUUUUUUGCAUUGUCUUUUUAACCAAACUGUUUUCCUAAUUUGUAAAUUACGUUUUGUGCAAUCGCAAAGUUUUCACAACAGGGAAGAGUAAAAUUUUUCGAGUUUGUUCGUACUGACGCCCAAGCGAUAAUCAUCGAUGCUCUACAAAUAUAUUUAUAAAAUAUUACGUAAAUCUUUUUUUUUUAUAUAAACUAGAGACCACCCCUGUUUAAAUCUAAUCUAAAGCGAUAUUUCUUAAAAGUAUUCAUUUGCCAAAUUUUUUGUAACCAAUAUCGUAUACUGAAAGUAAUAUGUAAAUAAUAAACACAUAAGACCUUUCUUAUAUACGUUGCUUAGCGAGUGAUUAGUUAAACAAUGCUGUGUCUUCUCCUUAUGAAUGUCAAAUCAAUAAUGACAGAAAGAGAGAAAUCAGUAUUUAACUAAACAGCCGCUGAGCAAUUAUAAGUAAAUCCGUUAGAUCCUAAUGCUUCCAUAAAAGUACAGAUGAAACAUGAUAUUUUAAUCAGUUUUUUCGUCUAUUUUCAAUCAAAUCAAAGUAAAACAUUUUGCUCUUACCGAUGAGGCUAAAAUAGUAGUUGAAUACAUACACUGCCAGUUUAUUUAUUUGUUUGUAAAAGGUUUUUUUUUUCAUAUGUCGUAAUAAAAUAUGUAAACAAGUUAUUAAGAACGCAAGCAUUUGAUAUAUAGUUUGUAUAUAUAAAUAUAACCCAGUGUAAUUAUGAAACAAUAUGUUCAACGCGAAUUGAAUACGUUUGUGAUACCAUUGUGAUGAACUUUACAAUGUUGAAGCAAUAAAUAAAUACGCAUUUAAAACAUAUAAUGUCGAGUGUAAACAUAGUACUAUGGCUUGGGGUUUAUUGAAAUUGUAUUUUUGAAAAUGAAAACAUCGACGAUUGUUUUAAAAAAAAAAAAAACCCAUCGCUUCAGUACUGUGUGAAUAAAGUGAACAAUUUUACAGUCGAUUGUGAAAUUUACACAUUAUAUAAUUGUAUUAUGUCUAAGAGUGAUGUAAUAAUAUCGAUAAACUGAAGGUUGUAGCUGCGUGCAGGGAUCAAAGUUUGGUGUAUUAAGUUUUAGUGGAUAAAAAAAAAUGUAGUCUAGAUUUUUGUCUUUUCGAUUCGGCUGUCGUGAUUUAAGUUCGACCCUGACACAGCUCCCUACCUGACUUGACUGUACAGGGGGUCGACAUCCACCCUCUGGUCUACGACUGAGACAUUCAAACACGACAAGGUUUGGAUAGUGAGGACGUUGUGUGUGCGUGCGUGCGUGCGUGCGUGCGUGCGUGCGUGCGUGCGUGCGUGCGUGCGUGCGUGCGUGCGUGCGUGCGUGCGAGGCUACGUGAGCGUGUACGUGUACGUCUGACGGUUGUGUUUGACGCAUUUUUGUUACUACGUCAUUUUUGCGAGGAGGAAGUUUUACGUUAGAUAUUGUAGAUAUUGUCAUUUUCAAUUAUACAUUGUGAGAUGGAUGUUCUCGGCUGAUCUCCGAAGUUUACGAUCGCGAAUUUGUUAAAGUAUUUUAUUGGAAUUCGCACAAGUGAAACGCAUUUGUGUUAGAUGUUCCCCAUGUUGUUUUUGUUUUUUUUUUUUUAAAUAUAUUUCGAUAUCCCGAUUCGAUCGACGACCCUCUUCCCAUCGAGACAUGAGCUGAGUUUUGUCAAUUUAUUUCAAUAUACACUACGGACAAUAGAGUAGAUAUCUGCCGUCCAAUAUUUAAAAAGAAAAUCAGCUCAUGAGUUUGAACGAUAUCGACCGACACUUCGCCUAAUGCCUUUAUUUGAACAAUCUACUUUUUUUUAGGUACGAAAUGAAAGCGUAGGAUUUUUUUGACGUUUUAUUGAAAGGAUCUGAUAGGCCGAGCGGCAAUCAUGUCUAAUAAUUUGAUAUGUGAUGUUUAUAUGGAGGCGCGCGCAUGAGAUGCUGCGCUGGAUUCGGUUUAUCUAAUUUAGAGGACAUGUGGUGAAAUUUCUGUUUUUCGGAACGCGACCUGUAUUAUGUUUUGGGCGCACACUACGGUAAUGCGCUGACGUAUUACAAAAAAAAAUGUCUCCUGUCAGCUUUAAAUUAUUGAUUAAAGAAAAUUUGAAAGUU